AUGUAUACCAAAAAUCUUCCUUACUCCUCUACAAUAAAGGAUGAAGCUGAAUUUUUGUUAAAUGAUAUAGUGUUAAACUUAUGUGCCUCCGCAAAAGCCAGAGAUUGGGGCACUGGUUGUAGCCAUUGGGUUAAACAACUUAACGGAUAUCUUGAUCUUCAUUAUUCAUUAUCAUGCCAAAUUCGAGUUCAAUUAGCCCAAGUGCUUUUUGAAUUAGUUAUUACUCCAGGAAUUGAUGCAUCACAUGCUGAGGAUUUAACUUUACCUUGGGAACCAUUAUAUGAUAAAAUUCAUAAUACAUUUUUUCCAAAAAGUCGUCAAAAAACUUUAGUCAGUGAAUCAUUUUUUCCCCCAGAAUCAACAAAAGAAAUUCUUUCAAAGAUUUUGCCUUUAUUCCAUGCUAAUUCAAUUGGAGAUACAUUUACCGUACAAGCGUUCCUUGUACGGUUUUUGCCUACCACUCCAACUGCACCACCAAAUCUGUCACCAGUAGAUUGGCUUCCAACAAUCUUUUCAUUUUGGUAUCUUAUACAAGGAUCAUCCGUAUUCCAAACAGAAUUUAUCGAUCUAAUGGCUCGUGUUGCAGAAGAUAAUGUUGUGGUCGAAAAUACCGAUCCAAAAAAUAUUGGGAUUUUUACUCAAGUGCAGGCCAAAACAAUAUUUGGUUCAGGUCAAAAAAUGAUGGAUUUGCCUGUGGGUAGCACUAGUACUGGUAAUAAUAGUUUAGGAAGAAGCACAUCUUCAAGGAUCGACUCUAGAGCUGGUAGUGCUAUGUUAUUAAGGAAAAGAGGGGAAUCAACUUUAACACAUUUGGCUAACAUGAUUCAAGCUAUUGAAUCAUUCUAUCAUCCAAGUAAUUUUGGAAGAUGGACUUAUUCAAUUGUAAAAUUUCUACAAUAUCUUGGUUGGGAAUUCUUAAAAAGAUGGACUGACGAACAAAAGUCAGAUUGCAAAACACCAGUAUCACGGCGAUUAACUCCAGAAAUUAGACGUCAAUUUGUUCUAACGUUAAGAGGCGUUACCUUUUUAUCUAUGUUUGGAAAAGAUGCUAUGUCUGUUGGAUCAAGUCAAGCGUCACUCAAAUAUUUAGCUUGGUUGGAACCUUCGUUGAUCUUUCCUGGAUUGUUGGAACGCGUAUAUCCAUCAUUAGAAACCUUGACCGAGACACAUCGAACAACAUCAUCUAUAUCAGCACUUUCACUGCUAGCUAUCCCAUUAUUUUCACGAACUCAAUACCCAGCCGGCGGAAAACAUCUUGCGCCUCUUCUUCAUCUAAUAAUUCCUGGUAUUGAUAUGAAUGAUCCAAUCAAAACAAUAUCUUCCUUGGUAUUUGUUACCCAUACGUUAAUGGGCGUGCCAUUGAGUGAUUUGACAGAUGGUAAUAAUGAUCCUAGUUCUGGAUUCCGUUGGACUGGCAUAGAUAUUUAUGAGAGAGAAAAGGAUGAAAUGGAAAUUGAUGGAGAAGAAGAAAAUGCAUUAUGUAAAGCCGGUACUUCAGAAUUUGAAGAAUGGCUGGCAAAGUUUUAUAGAAGAAUCUUUACUAUAUUUGAAUAUCUUCCACAACAAGUACGUAGCAAAAUGAAUAUGGAAACUGGCUUGGUUACUGUUCUAUUGCAUGCAUGUGAAAUAGUUGGAAAUCAAUUGUCAGAACAUCUUCAAAGCAUGGCCUUAAAAAUGGUUAUAGAUUUUGCAUCAACAACUAUUUUACAAAAUGCUAUAAAACCAAUGGGCUUUUUAUGUUCAACUUUAACAAAUGCUAAUAAAAAAAAAGCACUUGCGCAAUUCAUUCCAUUAUGUCAUUCAAACAUCUCAGUUGAACUUCAACAUGGCGCUUCCUCCACACCAACAACAUCAUCAACUCAUCAUAUUCAAUCAGACACAACCCUUCACUGGUAUCAAUGUAUUUUAUAUCAUGUGGUUAUGACUAGUGGACAAGAUUUGCUUAUACAUAAAAAAGAAUUGUUGGAGUUGGCAAAUGAGAUGGUACAAAAGUGUCGGUCAAGAAAAGGAUAUAUGUGGACAGGGAAAUUCUUGAGAAUGAUGUUGAUUGCAUUAACACACACCUAUCCUUUGGAGUUUAGAACUGUAGACAUAGAACUUUAUGAUAAUGACAUACAGUUUGAUCAUUUAGAUUAUCAAAAAAACCAUCAUAAAUAUUGGAUGGAACCAGGUGAUCUGAAUAACGUCAAUAUAAAUUGGCAUGUUCCAACCAAUGAAGAACUUGAUUUUGCAAUGGAAAUACUCGAUAUAUUUUUACAACCAACAAUCAAGCGAAUUAAAGAAUUGAUGGAAACUGGAAUUGACGAGGAAGGAACAGUAUUAAGUAAUCGAGAAAUGGCACAUGAGUUUUGUCGUCGAUUAAGUGUUAUCAGAAAUUGUAUUAGUGGAAUGACAACUUUAGUAGAAGAUGAUGGUGAAAUUGAAGACUCUGAUUUCAAAGACGAGGACACUGAAGCAAUUUAUCCAACAAAAAGCAUACCAGUAGGUUAUUGUUUUACAGAUAAAAAUGAUCCACGAAGACAAAUUGCACGAAAUUUACGUAGGGAAGUUGGAGAAUUUCUUCAUCAACUUGUAACUUAUUUCCGUACUAAACGAGAAGAUGAUGUUGAUAGUUUAAAAAUUAUUCUGAAGAUGACCAAGUUAUAUUUAACAGAUCGAGGUGUAGAAAAGUAUAAAUUCGAUUCUGUUAGACGCGGAUAUCAAUAUUCAAAGGGAAUGUUAAAAACUCCUCAUCACGAUAAAAAAUAUCCUCGAUAUUUGUUGGUAAAACGAACAUAUCAACAACAUUUAUGUCGUUUGAAACAGAAUUCUUUUGGCCGAAGUAGAGCAAAACUACAUGACGAUUUACUAAAAGACUUGGCAGAACUUUCAUUAAGUUCAUAUUCAGAAAUAAGGAGGAUAGCACAAUCCUACCUUACCAAUGCAUCAAGAUGCUUUAUCGGCGCCAAACCACUUAUAAUUCCAAUUUUGUUGAAAGCUCUGGAGCCUGGUGAACAUUCAAACUCGGAGAGAAUGAAGGGUGCUUUGUACUUGCUUGGUUCAAGGACAUAUAUGUAUACCUGUUUAAGAGAUUGGAGAUUUGUUCCAUUAUUUAUAACUAGGAUCUGUCUAGCACAACACAAUGAUAAGCCUUCUAUUCAAGAAAUGAUACGUAAAGUCUUUUAUGAAUAUCUUAUGAACUACAAUAACACCGCAUUCAAAACAAUUCUCACUGACAGUUUAGAUGAUGCAAUUUGUCGAGCUUUGGAUACGUUGUCAUUAAAACUUGACGAGGAUAAAUUUGCUUCUAUGGCAGCAAAUUUCUUAGAUUUAUUAGUAAGACCGGAGGCACCAACAUCUGUUGAAUUGGCCGAAUUUGCUGUGAAUAAUUUACUUUCAGAACUUCCAGCAAUGAGACGUAUUGCCAUUUCAACAACUACAAGAAUAUUAUUUCAUAUUAAACAAAGAACAUUUCUUGAGGGUGAUCCUGAACUUAUUACAUUGGGAAAAUCAACUAAUCCUCUAAAGAAAACGCUUUAUGUAAAGUCUCCACUCCCAACUGGGUUUACAGAUAAUUAUCUAGAAUCUGGUGUUACUCCAAUUGAAAGUGAAAACGAUGCAAAAAACUUAAUAUUACAGGAUAAGACAAAUAUCGGCUGGUAUGUUUGGCCUGAAAAGCUUCAGUACUAUGUGCCACGUACCAAUUCAAUCACUAUGCCAGCAGUUGAUAAUUUAUCUAAUCCAGCUUAUCUUAAACUGCUUGAGAAAUUUUCUGAAAAUAGUUUCUGGUCUUCAUUUAUACUGUAUUUGUCACAGGAAUCUACUCGUGAUAGAGAAGAUGUUUUCUCCGUUAUCAAUGCAAAUCUUUUUAAAAGUAUUUUUCAAAUGUACGAAGAUUCAUUUCUAGAAAUUAUUAUACCAGAAAUUACAAAAUUGUGUAAAUCAACGGAAAAGCAUCAGCAGAGAGCAGUGUCAGAAAUUAUGGCUGGCAUUGUGAGAGGAAGUAAACAUUGGAAAUUGGAAAGUUUAAAAAGUUUAUGGAGUUGGUUGAUUCCUUUGCUUGAAAAUACAUUUAAUCUAAUCACACCAGAUUCAUUAAUAUAUUGGGAAAAAUUUCUUGGCUAUUGUUUGAGAAAUAGAGACCCUCGCCGUGUUCUUCCUAUUAUUGAACUGAUAUUGAAAUCAAAGGUCGACUUGACAUCACAUGCUUCUUUUGCUGAAGCAAAAAAACUUUCUUUUGUGAAUACUUUAUUUAAUUCAUUUUCAUGGCGUAUGAUACCAAAAUCCAAACCAUUACUUGAAGUUUAUUUUGAAAAUCUUCGGCAUCCUUAUAAACAAGUACGUGAUGUGAUUGCAGCAAAUAUAAACUUGCUUUUACAAAUACAAUGGCAUCCCUCUGCAUCAAACAUUGAUGAAAUAUUAGAGAGUAAUAUAAAAUGUGGUAAUGGCAUGGGGUAUGUUCCCAUGAGUAUGGAUGUAAAUUUUAAACAAACAUUGGAUGAAUCAGUUAGAUUAUUAGCGAUUUGGAAAACAGAAAAGAAACCAGCUUCAGAAGGAUCAUCGGAAUAUGGAAAUGCUGGCAAAACCGCAUCUGGAACCUAUUAUUUGAUAUUGCCAUUAUUGCCCUCAAUAUUUCAAAUGCAAGAUGUUAACGAUGAUCAAGAUCUACAAACAGUAUCAACCCUUGUUUUAAACAUAAUUGCUUCAUUUCCAUAUCCGCCAGAUAUGGUUCCAUUGAUUAUUGAUAAAUUUUUAGAAAUUUUGACCGAAUCAUCCAGUUGGCGUAUCAGAGUAAAAGCAUUACCUGUUUUGCAAAUCUUUUUUUUCAAACAUUUAUUUAUGUUAAAUAAAAGAGAAAUGAUUAAAGUUAUGAAUGUUGUUUCCGGAAUGUUAAAAGACAACCAAAUAGAGGAGCAAUUUUCAAAACUAUUGGAAACUAAAAUUCCUCCAAGAAAGAAAACAAAUCAAGCACCACGUGCAGCCCUUCCGCUCGGUUUUCAAGAGGCAAUCCUUACACGCCAUGCUGGUGUACUUGGUCUUUCAUGUUUAAUUGAUGCAUUUCCAUAUGAAGUGCCAAAAUGGAUGCCUGAUGUUCUUGUAAAAUUAGCGAACUGUAUAUCUGAUCCUGUACCAAUACAAACAACUGUAAAGAAAACAUUUGCAGAUUUUAGAAGGACGCACCAGGAUUCUUGGCACGAAGAUACGAAACAAUUCACUGAAGAACAAUUAACACUUCUUUCUGAUAUAUUAAUAUCACCAUCUUAUUAUGCAUAG